AUGGAAGACGAGCCGACCCCAAACAACUAUGGGGACACCACGAUGCUACCCUUUCCCACAAGAGAGAGGAGGAAGAAGAAGGACAGAGAUGAACAGUUCCUCCACUUCGUGGAAAUGGUCGAAAAGACACACGUCAGUGUAUCGUUGAUGGAUGUCUUGCAUAUUCCGUCCUACUCCAAGUUCAUCAAGGACAUCAUCAAUAAGAAGCGACCAUUGCCGUCCACUGAAGUUGUCAAGCUGAUAGAAGAAUGUAGCGCAACUAUACUCAAUGAGCUGCCCGAGAAGAAGCAGGAUCCUGGGUGCCCCACAAUCUCUUGCUCAAUUGGGCCCCAGCAAUUCGACCACGCCCUAUGUGAUUUGGGGGCGAGUGUGAGCGUCAUGCCAAAAUCGGUCUUUGACAGGAUGAACUUCACCAACUUGGAGCCAACCACCAUGACACUCCAGUUGGCAGACUCGUUAGUCCAGUACCCGGCAGGGAUUGCUCAAGACAUCCCUGUCAAGAUCAGAGGAUACUAUGUUCCAGUGGAUUUUGUGGUGCUCAACAUGGAGCUCACUAAAGAAACACCACUAAUCCUGGGAAGACCAUUCUUGAGUACGGCUGGAGCACAAAUUGAUGUUGGGGCUGGAGAAAUCCGCUUCAAUAUUAAUGGGCAAGAAGAGAAGUUCGAGUUCAGGCCACGCCGUCAACAAGAGUGCAACAUGAUACGCAUCCUCUAUGGGCCAAACCCCCAAGGCAUCACGCAGGUUGAGAUCCAGCCUCAACUUAUAAAAAAUAUAAAAAUAUCUAAGAAAAAGCCGGAGCCAAAAGAAAAGGCGACUCCUUAG